AGUGAAUUAUUCCACAAUCUCAUUAGAAGAUGGAUGGGUGGUGCCGGCGGAUCACUGAGGGGGAAAAAGGAUUUAACACUUUGUCUUCAGUGCGCGCACACACACACACACACACACACACACACACACACACACACACACACGCUGUUGUUGCAUCACUGCACAUAUAACAUAUGAUAUAAUGAAACAAACAAACAAACAAACAAACAUCUCAGGGUUUCUGCUUUGCAUUCGCCACGUUUGACACGUGGGCUCUCGCCGUAGUUUGUGUUGACCUCGUUGCCGUGGUUACGUCGUCAAACCCGUGAGGCGGUGGCUAAAAGUUAGCCCCGAUUCAUUUUUUAAUCUCUCUCUUUCUUUUCCUCACAUAACAACAGUUUGUUUUUAAGGAGGCGCGGAGAGGCGUUCACGGGUUACGCGCACGUUUAUUGAAUAUUCCAGUUUUUUCAGACACAGGGAGAAAAAUGCCACUGCAAAAAGACACUUGAACGCCUGUGUGAACAUCUCGGCAUCUCUUCUACAAUGUCUUCACCGGAGAAGAAGAAGGAGGAGGAGGAGGAGGAGGAGGAGGUUCCUGGCCUGCAGCUUGUCUUUGGGAACAGUGUUGUCAAACCACAGACCCCCCACACUCCCCCUGAGGAUGCUGAGCCGCAGGAGCUCUCUGAAUAUUACUCAACAGAGACAUUGUGUCUGAGCAGAACUGAACUGAAACAUGUUGCACAAAGUAUUUUGAAAAACAGCAAACUAAAGUAUUUAUAUCUCGAAGGCAACCAGCUCUCCAGUAUUCCAGAUUCACUGUUCAUCAGCUUGCCCAACCUGCUGUGGCUGGACCUCAGAAAUAACCAAAUUACAUCACUCCCUGCCGAAAUUGGCUCGCACAGAUCUCUGAAAACAUUACUUCUGGAGGGAAAUCCUAUCUCAGAACUCCCACCAGAGUUGGGAAACGUGAUCACCCUCAAAGGCCUGAACCUGAGGGACUGCCCCAUCAGUUUCCCUCCGCAACACAUUGUGAACCAGGGGCUCCGGAGCAUCCUCCAGUUCCUCAGGAGUGCUAUGGCUAAGCGGCCCGUUAGCAUGAGGAAGACCCCCCCAGAGUUGCCAGUGGUGGAGAAGCUCCAGCUGUCAGAGCUGAUGGGGUCCAGUAUGGAGGAGCAGGAUGAGUCAGUGGAUGAGGACGAGCUGCAGAGAUUCAAGGAACUUAAACAGAAGAUGAUCCUGCUGGACAAAGCUGAGCUGGGCUCAGUAGCACGGGGGGAUGGAAACCCAAAGUCAUGUCGUCUUGCUAUUACCAAAAGAAAAAAGGCAACUACCAAGGCCGGCAUAAUUCCCGAGCUCCCUCUGUUUGACACUCAGCAUUGGAAGCGGCCAGAGGAAAAGAAACAGGCUGCGAUGAAAGAGCUGAAAGAGAAACAAGCUCUUCUCGAGCAGAGAAGAACAAGCCAAGAGGCUCUUCGGAAGUGGCACACACAAGCCCAAACCACACAGGAGAAGAAAAUGCCUGAGCGCAAGCAGAAGGCGCAUGAAAGACAAAGAAAACGAGAGGAAGCAGAAACCGAUUCCGAGCCCGAUGAUGAGGACAGGAGUGAUGCUCCUCGGAUUCAGAUGCCUGGCUUUUCUGUCACUGAGUGGGAGGAGGACAGAUCGGCCCGUAGGCUGGAGCGGCAGAUCUCUGCCCACGUUGAGAAGAUGCAGCAGAGACGCAGGAAUCGCAGGGGCACGACCACCGAGCAGAUGGCAGCGGCAGAGCAAGACGUGGAAGAGAUGAGGAAGUUACAGGCUCGGCUUCUGGAGAAGAAAAGAAAUCGGGGAAGAAAUUCUUUCACUAUCUUUACUGGAGACACCUGGCAGAGUUUCCUUGAGAAACAGUGACAGAGGUUAUAAUGGCAGUCACUCCAACUGAGUUUUGUGGUAUUGAAUUCACACUCAUAAUUGACUGUAAAGACUAAUCCCUUCACCACUGUAAUGCGCUUCAAAAUAAAGAUUGCAAGGCUGUUGCUGGGAAA